UGAAACAGCAUUUCGCCUGGGACUGGCACCACUUGGCCCGAUUCUGGUUCCGAUCGGGGCUCAGUUUCACACUUGGAGUCGAGCGGAUCGCAGCCCAUCAAUGACGACCACCAGUGGACGCGGCACCAUGCCCACCAUCGAGCACAAGCUAAACAUCACCGAGGAGGAGGUUCCGGAGCACAUCCGCCGACUUGCCCAGGAGCAGGGCGAGUGUCCCAGUUCCAAGGACAAGGUCAUCGAACAAUUCCGUAACUACAUACUAGAACACAAUGAAUGCCAGCCACACAGAAGUGAUGCGAAGUACCUGGAGAAGUUCCUAAGGGCCCGCUACUGGAAAAUCGAGACCAGUUACAAAUUGCUCUGCAGCUACUACAAGUUUCGGGAGCAGAACAAAAGCUUUUAUGAGAAGGUUCGUCCUCUGGACCUGAGACACGUUGGGCAAUCGGACAUCCUGACAGUGACUCCCUAUCGGGAUCAACAUGGCCACAGGAUACUCAUCUACCGCUUCGGACUGUGGCGACCCAAUCGAGUAACCGUCGACGAUAUAUUCCGCGCCACCAUUGUCCUGCAGGAACUGGGCAGCCUGGAACCCAUCUCACAGAUUGUCGGAGGAGUGGGAAUAUUCGAUCUGAAGGACCUGGGCUUGGAACACAUACUCCACCUGAGUCCCAGCGUGGCUCAGAAGAUGAUUGCUCUGCUAGUGACCUCCAUGCCCAUUAGAACAUCCGCCCUUCAUAUUGUAAACCAGAAUUGGCUCUUCAACGCGGCAUUCAAGAUAUUUAAACCUUUCCUCAACGCCGCCAUGCGAGAAAAGCUAUACAUCCAUGGCAGUGACAUGACUUCCCUGCACAAACACAUCAACCCAGAGCAUCUUCCCAAGCGCUAUGGUGGCUUGCACGAGGACUACUCUUAUACGCUCUGGUUGGAUAUGCUGAAGGAGCAGUGUUCGGGCAAUAGUGUCCAAAAGGAUAUGGAGCAACUGGGAUUCAUCUUUGACUAGGCUUCAUGCCUUGAUUAAAGUGAUAUGUUUUGUUCCACUACGCAUUAAGGGGGAAGAAGAAUAACUUACUUGUAUUUUUGUAUUACUUAAAUGUUAUGUAAUGAUACCAUAAUCAAUUGAAGCAAAGUAGGUGAUAUUUUAAAAAUUAAAGAAUUUCGAAAAUGA